AUGUGCGAUCCACCGGGUCCCGCAGCCAGCAACGGGGAGGACUCGGGAACCGGGGCCAUCCUCCCCCCCGACGUGUGGCGCCGCAUCCUCGACCGCCUCGCGCCCGACGACAUCACCAGCCUCGCGAGCUGCUGCGUGGGAGCGACUCUGAUCGUCCUGCGGUGCCGCCGACGUCUCUGGAUGGGCAACUGCCCCACAUGUUUCAAAUAUACAAUUCUGGACCUGGCGUACAAGGCGCGCGAGCUGGGCAUUGCGUCGGAGGACCUUCCGUGCGUGAUGAUCACGGAAGGCAUCGGCGCGACGCUGUUCGGCCACGCUGCGCUGCAGCUCUACCGCUGUGGGCACAACAACACCCUCAAACACGUGGCACAGCGGGGGCUGCAGCACGUCGUCGAGGAGCUGCACUUGGGCGCGCAGGAGGACGUGUUCCCCAUCCCGGAGGGCAUGACGGGCCUUCGGGUUCUGUCGCACCGCGCGUACAUUAGGAUGGGGGUACCAAAGGCGACGUGGCUGCCGCCGAGCAGCGCGCAGCACGUGCGCAUGCUCCGCUUGGCGCUGUACGGCUCGCUGUCGGAGAGAAAGUACCCGAUCUGCUGCGAAAUACCGGAAGGCCUGACGUCACUCGAGUGGAUCGAGCUUCGAAACUGUUGCCUCGUCAGGGGGGACUGGCUGCCUGAGUCAAGCCGCAAGCGCGUGCGCUGCCUGGAGCUGCGCGGCGUGCAGCUCCUCGACGGCAUCCCGGAGGACAUGCAGGCGCUAGAGCUCAUCGUUGCCGAGCGGUGCGACCUACGCAAGUUGCCGCCGGAGUGGACUUUCACGACGCCGUUUCGGCACGCGGCGCUGCUCAACAGCAAGCCGGUCGGGCCGUAUCCUCUGACCCCGCUCUACGGCCGCGCGGACCGCGUGGAGCUGUACGCGCGCGCCAGCCCGCUGCAGGCGACAACGAACACGCACGCAUGGCUGUGGAGCCCCCCCUGGUGA